AUGAGUUCACUGAAGCAAUUUAUUCGUAACGUACGAGCCUCCAAGACUAUCGCAGAUGAAAGAGCAGUGGUCCAGAAAGAGAGUGCAGCAAUACGAGCAAGUUUCAGAGAGGAGAGUGGCGAUUCUAAUGUUAGACGUAACAAUGUUGCUAAGCUUUUGUAUCUAUUCACCCUCGGCGAGAGGACACAUUUCGGUCAGAUUGAAUGCCUCAAGCUAUUGGCUUCUCCUCGAUUCGCCGACAAGCGUCUAGGAUACCUAGGGACCAUGUUAUUGUUGGAUGAGAAUCAGGAGGUUCUGACUCUAGUCACGAAUUCUCUGAAAAACGAUUUAAAUCACUCUAACCAGUACAUUGUCGGACUAGCACUCUGUACCUUAGGAAAUAUUGCAUCAAUUGAAAUGUCGAGAGACCUUUUUCCUGAAAUCGAGGUCCUACUUUCUACUGCGAAUCCGUAUAUUCGGAGAAAAGCAGCGCUCUGUGCUAUGCGAAUAUGCAAAAAAGUCCCUGACGUGCAAGAAAAUUUCUUAGAGAAAGCGACAGCUCUUAUUUCAGAUCGGAAUCAUGGGAUGCUUCUUUGCGCGUUAACUUUUGUCACCAGUCUCUGCGAGACAGAUGAGGCAGAGGGCGGCGAAGAAGGAAUGGUAGAAAGAUUUAGACCACUCACUGGGGGACUUGUACGAACCCUGAAGGCGUUAGCUAGCUCAGGGUACGCUCCAGAACAUGAUGUUAUGGGAGUUACCGAUCCAUUUUUGCAAGUCAAGAUCCUACAACUAUUAAGGGUUCUGGGGCGUGGAGAUUCCAAGACCAGCGAACAAAUUAACGACAUUCUUGCUCAGGUCGCCACUAAUACCGACUCUACGAAAAAUGUUGGAAAUUCGAUACUCUACGAAGCAGUGCUUACAAUUCUAGAUAUCGAAGCAGACUCUGGCUUGAGGGUUCUUGGAGUCAAUAUUCUCGGCAAAUUUCUCUCAAAUAGAGACAACAACAUUCGUUAUGUCGCCUUAAAUACUCUUAUCAAAGUAGUUGCUGUCGAGCCGAAUGCGGUCCAGAGGCACCGUAAUACGAUUCUUGAAUGCCUGAGGGACCCAGAUAUCAGCAUCAGAAGAAGAGCUCUAGAUCUGAGUUUUACUUUGAUCAACGAGAGUAAUGUACGACUUUUGAUUAGGGAGCUGCUAGCAUUUUUAGAAGUAGCCGAUAACGAGUUCAAACCUAUCAUGACAAGUCAAAUAGGUGUAGCUGCAGAUAGAUUUUCCCCGAAUAAACGAUGGCACAUUGACACGAUGCUUCGAGUCUUGUCGCUGGCGGGCAACUACGUCAAGGAGCAGAUCCUCUCAUCUUUUAUACGGUUGAUAGCUACAGCCCCUGAGCUUCAAACUUAUGCUGUACAGAAAUUAUAUGCUAGCCUAAAGAAGGACAUUACACAGGAAGGAUUAACACUAGCUGGAGCCUGGUGCAUCGGAGAAUAUGGCGAUGCCUUACUAAGAGGAGGGCAGUACGAAGAAGAAGAACUAGUACAAGAAGUCAAAGAGGUGCAAAUUGUCGAUUUAUUUUCAUCCGUGCUAAAUAGCAGUUAUGCGACACAAGUAGCAACAGAAUAUAUCAUGACCUCAUUAAUGAAGCUUUCAACCAGAUUUACAGAACCAGCUCAAAUAGAUAGGCUCCGAAGAAUUUUACACAGUCAUUCGGCAAGUCUGGAUGUAGAGGUGCAACAGAGGGCCGUUGAGUACGGAAAUCUAUUUGGAUAUGAUACUAUUCGGAGAGGCGUUUUAGAAAAAAUGCCACCGCCGCAAAUCAAGGAAGAGUCUAGGGUCUUUGGUGAAGCUGCAAAAAAGUCGAACAAGUCAAAUCAUCGAAAAUCCAAGAGUUUUAAAUCUACCGAACAAGAUCUAUUGUUUGAUCUGAUGGGGGACGUAACCGCUCCAACUGCAGACUUAGGCACAACAACACAAAAUAAUUCAGACUUACUAGCUGAUAUUUUAAGUUCGACAGAUAAUCCAGCCUCAGCCCCUACUAUGCAGGCGUCAAAUGUUUCAUCCAUAAUGGACUUAUUCGGAGGGUCUGCUACCCCACAAAGCAGUAUGCCUCCGGCACCCACUUCGACGUCUAUAAAUAUUUAUCCUGGAAUAUCCCAGACAUCCAGCACUUUGCCAACGUAUCCUUGUUAUGAAAAAAACGAUGUACUCAUAGUUCUUCAAAUACAACGCAAUGCUGAAGGUACAAUUCAAAUUCUAGCUAAAUUCAAAAACACUUCCCUGCAUGAAUCUGUAUCAAAUUUUGUGUUACAAGCUGCUGUGCCCAAGACACAGAAACUACAACUAAAUGCUAUCUCUAAUUCAGAUUUUGGACCUGGCUCCGAAGCUUCGCAAACCAUGAGGAUCACAGGAAGUAAAGGCCCACUUCGCAUACGGUUAAAAAUUUUGUUUGCACAUGCAUCUUUAGGACAAAUUCAGGAUCAAGUGGACUGGUCAGAACCAAAGUAG